ACUACAAAUUAUGCGAUGUCCUACUAAUUGAAAUGGAGUCGGAAGUAAUCGUUUUUGUCCCGUCACAAGGAGGGUUUGUCAUGAUUACUUAUCAGGUUGGUGAACUCCCUCUUUACACUUUCCACACGGUGGACAGAAAUUGUAAUCCGGUAAAAGCAUUUCUGAAUUCUGAGUACAAUCGUAUUGUGAUUAUGUGUGUCGAACUAUCGGGUGAGACUAACGGAUUGCUGUUAUUUGUAGAGUUCAAAUUGAAAGAGCGGAUUAUUGUACGAUCCUCUGAAGAAUAUUUUCUUAGAAGCUCAAGCGCUUUGUCCGAAGCUGUAUGCGCAUUCCAUCGUUUAACCUAUCAUAUAUUUUUUACUGACAUUGAUGACUUGAAAGUAACUGAUGCCGAUGCGUCUUCAUCGCUUCUUCCAGAAAAUAUACAUAUAGACAACUGCACGCAUACUAAUCAAAUAGAUGUCACUGAAAAUGACGUUUCUAUCUACUGUACUCAGAACAAUGAUAGUUGGACUGUCCUGGCUGAUUCUAGCAUCCCCACACACAACACCUACUCUCGCUAUCCCUGUCCUGGGUUGAACCAAUAUGUCCGCGUUGAAAAUAAGAGACAAAUUAUGUUCGGCAACAGCACUCAACAAUCUUUUGUUGGUGAACUCCCUGAUAAUAUCAAGUAUGCAGCUUGUCUAGGAGCUGAAGAUUCGUUUGUGUUCUGGGCAUUGACUGAAAGCAGACAGUUACUUAGUGUUUCUUUGACAACCGAAAACCACAUAAUAACCAACUUAUCAGCAUGUACUAAUGAGGAUAACAAUUGCUUGAGGCCAUCAUUUGAUGUCAGCAAAACUAGUGGAGCGUACUUCAACUAUGAAACGAAUCAAGUCCAUAUUACAAAUAUCACCAGCUCGUGUGGACACAGAACAGUCAACAUGUCCGGCACCCCUGACUUGUUACGACUUACCCUAGGGGAGAAGGUAGAUAACUGUUCAUGUGCCAAUGAAGUACCGACGGCGGAGGCAGAGGUUUCGUCGACUUUGGUUAUUGUUGUUUCUGUUGUGGGUGUGGGCAUUCUUCUCUUCGUCAUCAUCGUCAUCAUUAUAAUAAUUUGUGUUGCCAUGAAAUACUGUAAGUGUUCCUGCAACCCUUUUCGAAGAAAUGUAUCUGAUGUGGAAGCAGUAGAAGAUCUAGUUCCACCGAUUCAAGUGCAAGAACACAAUGGUGCUGGCUCUGAUGUUGUUGGGGUCUGUUCUAACUCCCACCCACGAGAAAAUUUUGAUCCCUUAGCUGUUGCGAAGAUUAACAAUGCAAAAAGUCAAGGUGAGGACAAUCAAAAUCGUAGCUCAGACAUUGCACGACAGACUCGUUAGUUAACCACAUAUCUCUUCGAGUGUGAACUUAGCUAGGUUAUAUGUUUUCUGCUUUUUAGACAUUUGUGUGUAAGUUUUUACUUACUUUUCUCCGUGUGUAUACAUUAUUCAAUUCAUUCAAUAUAACAUUAAUAUGCCCAUACAGUUUAUUCCCUCUGCUUAGCCUCAGGCACUCAGCAUGCACUACUGUCUUGUACACAGCUGGAUGUAUACUAGCCUCGGUCCCAGGCCAAUUUUUUGCUAUAGACUGGAAGGGGGAAAAUACGGGUUAUAGUAUGUGUGUGAUACUGAGUCAGAUCACCACUGGAUGCCAUGGCACUGCGUUUACAGCUAUUUCAAGGCCUAUAGCGUUCACAUCAGAUUGUCAUCUGUAUACAUACAAAUGUAUAGUUCAGUUGCUGCUAGGUUUCCAUGUUUAUAAUAUAAUUAUAACACUCUGGUUGCAAAAUAUAAAACUGCCGAGGUAGUACUUCAGGGCUCUAGUUUAUUAUAAUCAUGCUACUCGGUACACAAACAUGCUUGGAAUCGAGGUUAAUCCCAGUUUAAUUAUUGCUGAAUGUGCACAAUUGUUGCUGAAUCAGCAUUAUUUUUUGCAAAUUUUUUUCGUCAGCUCUAGCUGGGUGGGACUCAAUCUGCAGUUAACGCUGCUUUGCCUGCAAGUAGUGCUCACUAGUUAGAGUUGUGCUAAGAAGUAUUGUUUAGUGCUGGUAGUUUCAGUGCUUAGUAAGCGUGCAAAGACGGAAAUAGAUAUCUGACUGACGACAAUUGACACAUUCGGCAGCUCACUUCUCAUGACCACCAUUCCGUAUGCAACCAAGUUAUUCUUUCCAAAAUUUUGGGAGCUGUUACUUUCUUACCCAUCUGUAGGUCCAUGUAGUUAGUUUUGUGCAAAAUCAUCGUUGCUUCAUGCAAUAGCCGCCGAUUAUAGGUGUCUGGCGAAAAUUGGUUACUUACUCUACUAUUUCCAGAGUUUCAAUGAUAAUCUCUCUUAUGCACAUUUUUCUAUGGUGGCCGAGAAGGGUCACCCGCCUCGGCCUACCGCCACAAUGAACUGCGCGUGCGGAGUUCCUGUUGGCCACGCGUGCUUAAAUAUAAACACUGUUGACACAGUGCACACAGUUAAACAAAUUAAGAGUCGCCACCAAAUUGAGAUCAGUCUGCACAAGGUCAAUGGUCACUAAAUCAUAUCUGGAUUCCAAUUAACGCAAGGUAUUGCUAUCGAUACAGACUGCAGGACAUGAUUGAUUGACCUUUGACCUUGUGCAAACUGAUGAGAAAAUUUGUUGGUGGUUCUUUGUUUAACUGUACGUGCUGUGUGUCUCCUACCGCGCGCGGACAUCAGGAACAACCGCGCGCGCUUAAUGUAUUUACCGCAAGCGUUGAGAAUUAAGUGCGCACGGUUAACAAAACAUCUGCGCGCGCUGUUCAUUGUGGCAGUAGGCGGAGGCCGGUGACCCUUCUCGGCCACCGUAUUUUUCACACUAUAAUAUAUACCGUAUACAAUUAUUGUGAUUGAUAAUUAUGUAGACUGUAGUAGUACUGAUCUGCUGGUCUAUAUAGCCAGAUGAGAAAUGAAACAUAUUCACAGGCUUGAGGCUUUCUUAUCAAAACACAUGUGACUGUAUUAAUAAUUCCAUAGAACAUGUGCUUUUGAGUUGCCAAAGAACUCAGUGAAUAGAAUAUUUGUUAGCAACAAUGCAGAGUGUUAGCCUAGUUGAAGCUCUAUUAGUGGUGCUGGUAGUGAGCGUUCCUUUAGCCUCCGCUGACAAUCCGACAUGUAUUGGUGACAGAGAGUACCAUCGCCUAGAGUCAUCCCUUCUCAAAUGGCCACAAAAUUUGGUGAAUUUGAGCGAAGCCUUCUUUCUGUUUCUGACUAAUCGACAACAAAGUAUUUCGGUUCAAGUUGCUUACCAUUUCAAUGACUCCAAUGAGCCGGUGAAGUAUCGAUGGCUGGACUCUCCCAUUAACCUGCUGAUUCGAAGCGAGCUCCUCCAAUACUUGGCUCUCAACAUGUACCAGGUAGAGUUAUGCUUUGCUGAUAUCACUCUCGAUCCAAUCUGCAACUUCAGCUCUAAAAAUGUUAGCGGUGACCUUGAUAAUAUUUGUCUUCCAAGCAAUCUCACUGUAGGUCACCAUCUACUCAAUAAUCUGACAGCAAAUCUUUUAUUAUAUGCAAAGCAUCGAAAUGCUGUGACAAAAAAUGGCUUUGAAUCAAGUACCAAGAGUGGUUACUCUGUGUAUGUGUUUGGCACUGGUCUCGGUGAUUACUGCAUAUUUGAUGAAGGAAGACAAACCAUUUAUGUGCAUGGUGUGCCACAAAUCCCAACUUCAUUACCACCCUCAGAUGUAACUUUAGUUGUUGUUUCUGUUGUGAGUGUGGCCAUUCUUCUUAUCGUCAUCAUUGUAAUUUUGUGUUGUUGUGGAAACUCUGUGAGAAGAAAGACCAACCAUUCUCGAAGAUAAGUUAGUGCAUUGAGAGUGCAAGCUAACUUGUAGGGUGUCCCAUGCAUUCAACUGGAGUCUAUAGAGUUCAGUUGAAUGUAAUCAGUCAUGCAGGAGUGUGUUCUGAUUCAGUAGAUACAAUUACGAGAUGUUGUUCCCAUUUUGGUGUCCCCACUCCCGUCGCAUGGUUAGAGUACUAGCUCAGACAAAGCAAGUGACAACAAAAGUAACUCGUCAGUCGAUCAUGAACAAGUAAACUAUAUGCACUAUACAGCCAAUUCAUACACAAGGACGGCUAUGGUGUCACGCAAGGAACAUUCAAAGUGCCUGAUAUCAUGCAAAGCUAUUAACUCUCUUGAGCAGUGUCUAGUGAGAAUCGCCAUAUACUGUUGAUCCAUUGCAUGUAUCAGAACUGCAGGGAGAAGUAGAUCUAGUUCAAGCGACUCAAACGGAAGGAAACAAUGGUGCUGGCUCUGUUGAUGUUGUUUAAUAGCUAUAGUGGUUGUGAUAAUUCACUUACAAAGAAAUCCCUCAGCUGUUGCGGAGACUAACAAUGCAAAAAGUCGAGGUGAGGACAAUCAAAACCGUAGCUCAGACAUUGCAGGACGUUUGAUUAGGUUUUACUUUUCUAGACAUUAGGUAUCAAUGUGUAUAGCUAGGUUUUUACCUUGUGUUAAUUUAUUGUGUCCUUAAGAAUUAAUGUUGUCAUGUUAAUAAAUUAUCACGCUGUACUUGUAGCUGUAUAUACAGUAUAAUAAUACAGUGCCAGAUCCCAUGUAGCCUCAGGCAGUCAGCAUGCACAUGCACUGUCUACACUAGUAUCUAUGUGUCCGCUACAACAGCUAAGUGAUUCAGACUGUGCAUCUAUUCAUGAGUGGUAACCAUGGGCAGGCAUCAUAUGGUACUUAGUUACAACAGUUACUAACAGCCUAUAAUGACACACACAUGUCCUGACUAGGACAUAUACUACAUUUUCACACUCCCCAUUAUGAAGCAUACCGUAUACGUGCUGUACUAUUGCCAGAGUUUCAAGCUCUCUUAUAAGUAUACACACGUUUUCAUAAUACUCAUUGUGAUUACUUCCAUUUACGUCUAUAUAAUUAUUGCCACGGUGUACUAUAUAGUGAUAGAGUUUCACUAUGAGAAAUGAAACAUAAUUAUUCAUACUCAGGUAUAUAAGGACUGGGACCUUCAAUUAUUGCUGAAUCAGCUAAAACGCAGCCACGCCCACGAUUUUUAAUAUGUUUUGUGUGUAAAAAUUUUGUGCAGCUACUGAUCUUUUUUAGUUCUAAAAACGGUGUUCUAAACCUUCCUUUUAGCUCUUAAUUCUUAGUGUAGUAGGUAGUUCAAAGGCUUAAGCAGACAUAUCCGCUGGGAGAGAGCAUCAUGUUCUAUUUAGAGUAAGUUAUUAGCCUAUAAAAAUAAAAAUGUCACUUAUUGUCAGCUGUAAGACUAAGUUUUGUGCAAAAUCUCACCUUUGGCCAAAGAAGUGGCUCUCUCCCAGCAGAUAUGUCUGCUUAAGCCUUUGAACUACCUACUACACUAAGAAUUAAGAGCUAAAAGGAAGGUUUAGAACACCGUUUUUAGAACUAAAAAAGAUCAGUAGCUGCACAAAAUUUUUACACACAAAACAUAUUAAAAAUCGUGGGCGUGGCUGCGUUUUAGCUGAUUCAGCAAUAAUUGAAGGUCCCAGUCCUUAAUAUACCUGAGUAGGCUUGAGGCAUUUUGUCAUAAAACAUGUGACUGUAUAAUUAUAUCUUUUACUAAUUCCAUUGAGAUGAAUUCCAUUCUCACUAGCUUAGAACAGGUGCUGUCAUAUGAUGAGUUGCCAAAGAGCAUAGUGAAUAGAAUAUCUGUUAGCAACAAUGCAGAGUGUUAGCCUAGUUGAAGUUCUAUUAGUGGUGCUGGUAGUGAGCGUUUCUUUAGCCUCUGCUGACAACUCGACAUGUAUUGGGGACAGAGAUUACCAUCGCUUGGAGUCAUCCCUUCUCAAGUGGCCACAAAACUUGGUGAAUUUGAGCGAAGCCUUCUUUCCGACUAAUCGCCAACAAAGUAUUGCGGUUCAAGUUGCCUACCAUUUCAAUGGCUCCAAUGAAACGGUGAAUUAUCGAUGGCUGGACUCUCCCAUCAACCUGCUGAUUAGAAGCGAGCUCCUCCAUUACUUGGCUCUCACCAUGUACCAGGUUGAGUUACGCUAUGCUGAUGUCACUCUCAAUCCUAUCUGCGACUUCAGCUCUGAAAAUGUUAGCGGUGACCCCGGUUUUAUUUGCCGUCCCUACAAUCUCUCUGAUCACCAUCUACUCAAUAAUCUGACAGUGAAUCUGCUGUCGUAUGCAAAGCAUCGUAGUGUGGUUAAAAAAAAUGGCUUUGACUCCAGUACGGAACGUGGUUAUUCUGUCUAUGUGUUUGGCACUGAUCCUGGUGAUUAUUGCAUAUUUGAUGAAGUAUGGUCCUUUCGCAAUCUGGUAAUACUUUUAUCGGUUUCUUUUGGAACAAUUGAACUAGCCGUUACAUUAGCAGCACCAUUGCUAAUGAUUAGCCUAUACGAAAUUGUUGCAAAAAAGAUGAAGGAUACCGACUCAGUUUUCAGAUAUUAUGUUUGGGCAGUGAUAAUUGUAAUUACACCGUUGGAUAUACUGAUAUACACAUGCAAUGUUUUCACUGUCCAAUUUUUUAAAGACGUGUUUAUUGUUCUUAAUGGUGUAUUAGUUUUGGAUGUUCUUCUGGUAGGAAUUCCUAUGUGCAUAAUAUUGGGAAAAGCAUGGAUUAAGCAAAAGAUUAAUCGUAGGCUGGGUUAUGAACUUGUUAACACUGGUGCACAUAAUACGCUUACGAGUGAAAAUGCUGUUCCGAGUGAUGAUGCUGUUCCGAGUGAUGAUGCUGUUCCGAGUGAUGAUACUGUUCCGAGUGAUGGUGCUGUUCCGAGUGAUGGUGCUGUUCCGAGUGAUGAUGCUGUUCCGAGUGAUGAUGCUGUUCCGAGUGAUGAUGCUGUUCCGAGUGAACAUGCUGUAACAGUUGCUUUGCACGUUUAUUCAAUGAUAACGGUUACUGUGUUUACGCAACUUGCUCUUCUCCAUUCGGUUUUUAUAUCUUUUGCAGUUAUAGCUGCACCAGUUGAAUCUGGCUCUCUGUUGCUUUUAUACCUAUCAAGCCUCUUUGCUCUAAUUUCAUUCUUAGCCCUUGGUCUGAAAAUAGCAAACAAUAUGCAAUGUAAGUAUAUUGCAUAUUGUUUGGUUUUCAUCCUCUUGAUUUGUGUUGUUGGUGGUGUUGGGGUAUUUGUUGCCUUCGUCUACAAAUACACUUUACUGAUUCAAGAAUAUAGAAACAGCAGUGGUCUGAUUUCUUUUCUACGACCUAUUAUUCUGUCACUUCUUGCUACUGUGGGCGGAACUUUGACCACGAUUGUUUCUUGUAAAUCUAUCAAUCCAAAAAAAAAAGAGUCCACUCAAACUGAGAAUACUGUAUCCCCAGAGGGAGAUGGUACUGAGAGUUUAUCUGACCACAUAACACCAAGCAAUGAUGUGUCACAUGUCUAAGGAAGUAUACAUAGCACAGAAUCUGCUUUUAUAAAUAACGAAAUAUCUGUAGAAGUUUACGACUAGAUCUAUAGUGCAUGACUUCAGUAUAAGCAAAUAGUGUGUGCUCAAGACUUUUGCUACAUAGUGACUUGACUUUUGUGAAAAA